AUGUCGGUGAACUAAAUAAUUGAAUAGGUGCUUCAAAACAUGAUCGACAUUGAUAACCCAGAUUUUAGACUGUCUAAGCAGUAGAAUAUUUUGGAACUGAUAGAAAGAGAUGAAUUAUUGGUGAUGGAACGGUUGUGGCCUUAGAGAAGAGUGAAUAUGGUUGAGUUUAUAAAGAUAAUGAUAUCAGUGGUGCAUCAUAAAUAAUGUGAGUUAUUGUAUUUAGUGAUGGGUUUGAUUGAGUUGUUUAAGGACAUAGUGGCAACUUGUCAAUAGAAUGAAUUGUCAUUAUCGGAUGUAACAAGUUAUGUAUGUUAAGUGGAACCAAUAACUAACAACAUAGUGCCUUAGAUGCUGAUACCUGAACCAAAGAAGUUUGAAUUGAAUAAGACCAGGAUUAGAGAUAUAGACGUGAAUGCUCCUCGGAUCAUAGGAUAGGCAGAUGGUGAGAUAUGUCACAUCGUGAAUGGUUCAUUGAUAAAUGAUGCAAUCAGACACCAUAACAACAAUGUACACACAGGACAGGUGUGUAUGAAAUAGAUUGUGACACUGGACAGUUUGGACUCCAAACUAAACAUCUAUAAUUUAGAUGGCACUCUGAAGAAUUAAGUGAAAAUUAAUUAGAGUGAAGACAAGGAGAUAAUAAUCCUGAGUUUUGCUUGGUCGGAUAGAUAAUAGAGAAUUGGAUUAACAUUGAAGUCUCACUCCUUAUGCAUGUACGAAUGUGACUUUAAGACGUACAGAAUAUUUCCAACUGUAUAUGCUUCACAAGAUUAUCAAACCAACAUUUGGUAUCUUGAGAAUCAGAAUAAAUGGAUAACGACAGAUGCGACAUUUAAAUUAUAUGAGUGGGAUUUGCAGACCGAAAAUGUGGCUAACAUCUACUCUACAAAUAAGAUCACAGGGUGUAUCAUCGAUUGUGUCGAGGUAGUUCAUAUGAAGAUGAUUGCCACUGCUUCCUUAGAUAAACAGGUGGUUGUCUGGGAUCUAAAUACCAAGGACAUCAAGAUAGUUGUGUCUUUGAAGGAACAUGGAGGAAUCCACAGUCUAGUCUAUUCCUAUUACUAUCAAAUAUUUGUGACUUGUGGGUACUCUACUUAUAUAAAUGUUUACGAAAUCAAUCCGAAAUUUCAUGAUGUAACAAUGAUAGGCAAAUUGAGUGGACAUACAUCUAUGUUGACUUCCAUUCAAAUGAUUGGUAAAAGUCCUGUCUUAAUUUCUGGGGAUGAUGGAGGCACUUUGAGAUUAUGGGACAUCAGAACCUUCUCUUGUCUGCAGUCACUCAAUUUUGGUAGAAAAACCUAGAUCACCAAAAUCUUAGAUCUCUCGGAUCAAUCAAUGAUCUGUUUCUUGGGUUCCAGAGUCAAUUUGCUUAAAUUGGACAUUCGAAAGAAGGAUCAAUCUGAUAAUUAUGUUAUCAAAAUUGAUUUUGAUCCCCAAAGAGAUGAGUUGAUUGUUGCCUCUAAAAAGAACAUUAUCUUUAUGGAUAUUUAUACUGGAAGGAUGAAAAGAAUCCUCAAUGGACUGUUAAAUGAGUUGGAAGAUGAAAUUACCCAAUUUCGACCGCUUAAUUAUUAUAAUAAAUUCAUUCUAUCAGAUUCGAAAGGGAAUCUCAAAAUCUAUUAUCAUACUGGAGAAUACUUUGCUCAACUCAAAGGACACUCAGAUGUGAUACAAUUGAAAUUAGACAUCCUCAACAAACUUAUUAUUACAUCUGGACAUGACAGUGUUCAAAUUCAAAAAAUGAAUGCUGAAGUCUUAAGAGAAAUCACUCCCUUUAAAUCAUAGCAAAUAGAGAUCUCGGUUCAUCAUUCUCUACUAUUGGCAUCCUACAUGAACCAUCUCUACAUUUUUGACUAUGAAUUCAUCAAAUGCCUAAGUUUUCUCGAAUUCGACGGGGAUAUCACAUCCAUCAUCUUUAUUGCUAAUUACCCUCUCUUCGGAGUUUCAACUAUAACUGGCAAACUUUACCUUAUGAAAUUUGUUGUGAAAGAUCACAUCGAAGUCAAAACGUCCAUCUAUCAAAUCUACGAAGUGGCCAACUGCUCAAACUAUGUUACCGAGGAAGGAGAACAAGAAUUCAUCACCAAAAUUGUCUUAAGCGUUAAAGAAUCAGAAUUAGCUAUGGCAACGAGUGAAAACAACAUCGUCAGAUUGUAACUCAAUAUACAACUUGAACCAACUGAACCUGUCCAUGAACGCAUAAAUUACAAUCCCCUUAGAAAAGCCAAAGAGCAGGUCCUAAUCAAUGAUCCCAUUCACAUCUAAUGCCCCGAAGGAGUCUAAAAACUGAAACACAUUAUCACAUUUAAUGCCUCUAAGAAAUAAAUCACCAGCUUAUCCUAUUUACAAUUGGACGAGAGAUUUCUGCUUAUUACAUCAAUCGAUGGAAUCAUUAAGAUAUUUGAUCUCAAUGGAGAGUUGAUGGCAGCAUACAAUAUAAAUCACCCAUUGCCAAUUAAGUGGGAAGUUAGAUAUACGAAGCAAUCAGAACUCAAAAAAAGAAUCAUCUAUGGAUUCAAAGUUAUUGAUAUUCUUAGAAAGUAAUCCAAAACAGAAAAAGAAGCUGAAAUAUAUAGUCUAACAGAUUCAUUAUAGGUUAAGAGGUAGAACUCAUUUUCCUUAUAAAAUCUAAACAAAAAACCAUUAAUCAUGAAGGAUGAGUUUAGUCCAAGGGAUUUAAAAUUUGAAAAGAUUAGACACUUGUAUCAGAAUGAAGUUCAAGGACCAACACUUAAAUAAAUGGAAGCACAAAGAAGAUUGCAAGAAGUCUAAAAUAUGUUCAAGAAUGACAUCAGAGAUCCUAAGUUAGAUGAAGUGUUGAAACUAAGGGAAAAAGAAAGAUAAAAGAAUUUAGAUAGAGCUGCCAAUCUUAAUUUCUUGGAUCCUGAAUUCAGAGACAAAAGCAUCUUGAAUCAAAAAUUGUUAAGCAAAAAUGACUAUCUAAAAGAAUUUAACACCAAACUCGAAAAUAACGAUUAAUCUUCAAUUCUACAAAGGUAAUACCAAUCUAAUCAAAACCAACAAUCCCAAGUUAAUCUUCAAGUUCAAACCAAAAAGAAGCAGAACUCAUCAUCCGAUUUUUAUAAAUAUGCAGCCUAAAGACAUUUGCUAAAUGAGGCCAGUAUCUUGGAAUCCUUCACUUCAUAGAAUACUCAAUUAAAACCAAUCAACAAAUAAUUGAUUAACAUCUAAUCUACUUAGAUUUCAUAAUUAAAAUCCUUUGGAUCUCAGGAUUUGACUUGGCAUGGAUAACAUAGGAAACAAUAGAAGGAUUUGUCAUAGGUCCUAACAAGUCUUAAUAUCAAACUGAGACAAAGCAAGAAUUCCCUUGGAGGAGAGACUAUUUUGAGAGACAUCACAAAGUCAGACAUCACAUUUGAAGAUUAAUUAGAUGAAUUCACUAAGAAACACAAACUAAAAUGA